CGCGGCUCGGACCCGCGACCCCCCUGGAGGACUUGAAGUCUGACGGUUGCCAUUGCGUUUGCCUCGCAAUUUCCAGCGUUCCGCCCGGACGAGGCGGAUAACGCACGAACGUUUUUUUCCAACUGCAAGUUAAGGGGUGGUGGCAUCCGAUCAUCCGGCUUCGGAUGUGAUCUCUGUCGCAUCCUGACGGCGGUAGUCACACAAAUCACUCUUGAAAGCGCCCACAAGCGUGGGCACGCGGGUCCAGACGGUGAACCGUCGCAGCCUCUCGAGGCGGAGCCAGGCUCCAACCCCGCCGCCCCUUCUGACCCGCUAAACCCGAGAUUUAUAAGCUAGAGCAGGUCGGGAUUAGAUCCUGGUGUCGGCUCACUGUUGCCCCUGUAGUCUAGCACGUGUGUGCACUGUUGGCAAGGACAGACUGUCAUGCAUGACAGUGGCGUUUGCCAGGAAAAAACAAAAAAAACCACGAACACCCCACGUGUUGAGGAAUAGUAGAGCAUUCUAGGUUAAGAGAGUGGGUUGAGGACGUGUAUCUAGUUUUACUUCCUGAAAUCUCACUAAAAGUACUGUAAAGGGAAUUUCAAAAAGACACAAACCCACAGAGCUAAAGAAAAUGGGAAAGAAAUAAUAGCAGUAAACUCCUGGGCUCCAGAAAGCAAGUGUCGUAGCAGAUUAGCUGAAUUUCUAAACCAGCAGAGGGAAAACUGUGGAACAAUUAUAUAUAUAUAAAGAAAAUCUUCAAAAUGUGCAGAAAUUGGCAGCACGGGACACUUUGGGAGCUGGCAAUGAAAGGAAUGGUGCUGCGGAUGGAUGUGGAGGGCUCAAAUAAAGACCACUUAGGUGAAGUAGACAUUUCAUGGUUCUUCAGUGGUUUAGAUGUUGAUUGGCCUAGGCUGGACUCCAGACUUCAGUUUUGAGUUCAGAUCUGCUCCAUGUAUCUUCAUUGUGGAACCCGGGCUGAAAAAGCAAAAAUACGUGGAGUGUACUUUUCUUGGGGCUGAAGGGAGAUGUCCUUUGCUUCUCAGAUGUAAUGCACUUUAAGUUUGUUAUUCAACAGUGAAAAUGAGUCAUACAGAGGUAAAAUUAAAAGUACCUUUUGGAAAUAAAUUGCUAGAUGCUGUUUGUUUGGUACCUAACAAGAACUUAACAUAUGGAGUCAUUCUUACACAUGGAGCAUCAGGAGAUAUGAAUCUCCCUCAUUUGACGUCACUGGCAUCCCAUCUUGCCUCUCAUGGGUUUUUUUGCCUGAGGUUUACCUGUAAAGGCCUUAAUAUUGUACAUAGAAUUAAGGCAUAUAAAUCAGUUUUGAAUUACUUAAAGACCUCAGGAGAAUACAAACUUGCAGGUGUUUUCCUUGGAGGUCGUUCAAUGGGCUCAAGAGCAGCUGCUUCUGUUCUGUGUCAUAUUGAGCCUGAUGAUGCUGAUGAUUUUGUUCGAGGUCUCAUUUGUAUUUCCUAUCCACUGCACCAUCCAAAACAGCAGCAUAAACUUAGAGAUGAAGAUCUCUUUCGUAUAAAAGAUCCUGUACUGUUUGUGUCAGGCUCAGCAGAUGAAAUGUGUGAAAAGAACUUGUUGGAGAAAGUGGCACAGAAAAUGCAAGCUCCUCAUAAAAUCCACUGGAUUGAGAAGGCAAAUCAUUCCAUGGCAGUGAAAGGACGGUCAACAAAUGAUGUUUUCAAAGAAAUAAAUACACAAAUUUUGUUUUGGAUCAAGGAAAUCACUGAAACGGACAAGAAAUAAUGGUCUAUGAGUUAAAGACUAUGUUAUUUUGAAUACAGAUACAGUUAAUUUGUUAAAGAAGAGCAUACUUCUCAGCAUUAUGAGAUAUAUUUCAGAUUAUUUAAUGUUCUUUCAUGUUCCCCCAUUUUUAACACAUUUUAAUUGUGAAAUUAAUGUUCUCUAUAAAAUGUCUCUUGAAAGUACUGGUAUAGUUGUAUAAAGAUGAUGUACAAAUAUUGAAGGUGGUCUAAAUAUAAUUUAUUUUCUUUAAUAUAGUUAAGUUUUGAAAAAUUAAAUGUUGAAUUUUGUUACGACAGAA